GCUACCCCAGUCUCAUGCCUUUGAAGUCUCAGGCUUGACAGAGGAGGGAUGGGGAGAAACAUCCCUCUCAAAGGCCUUGUUCAUGGAAGUGGAAAUCCACAUCCCUGUUAAGGGGCCCUGAAGCAGGGGGUGGGGCGGGCUGCCUGCCACUGCCCUGAGGUGCACAGUGGUCUGCAGCUGCUGCUGCCUGGGCUGCAUGUGGCUCUCGGCCAUUCUCCAAGAGGGGCAGAGGUCAUGGAGGCAAAGAGCUGAGCUCAGGGUGUGGCAGUAUGUGGGCCCCGUCCUCCAUGCGGGCUCUCCGUGAAGGCUUGUGGGACUGGUGAGCUGCCAGAAAGAAGCAGUUCACCAACAUGGAAAAUGGCCAGAUCCACUAAGGAUGGACACUUUGUGGCACCAACAUUGCCCCUUGUUCCCCAGGGGAUGUGCGCCAAGCCUCCAACGCCACCUUGGUCUGUCCCGAGUAGCUGGAAGCUGCCCAAAUGCCAAGCAUGAUCUGCUCACAUAAUGGACACCACACGGUCUAAGUGGGAGGAUUUUAAUUACCUGCAUUAAAAAGAAUGAAUCUCAGUGUGAUUCAAAAUACCAACCAGAAGGUUCCAAGAAAGGCAAAACUCACCUGUGGUGUUGAGGUCAGGACAGUGGCUUGCAAGAGCAGGCAGGAAGGGACCUGAGGCUGCUCUGGCGCGGGCCACUCUUCAAUCUGUGGGUCUGGGUGCUGCUUCCUGGCUGUCCUCAGGCUGGGGAAGCCGUCAUUCUCAUUGUCAUCUGUGGGUUCCAUCUGUGUUGUACUUAGUGCUCCACAGUGAACACGAGGAGUUGGUGAGUUGCAGGGUGGGGAUGUAAGGAGUGUCCAACCAGUGUUAGUGGGCGCUAUCCUCUGCUUUCACACACCGGUGUGCGGGCACGGUGUGGCCCGAGGUAUCUGGCAGUGGGAAAGAUGAAGGAGGGAGAGAAUGGAUUCUCACACGUACUGCAGAAACAAAUGCUUUCAAAACACCUCAGGGUUGCUAGGUGCAGUGGUCACACCCACCAUCUCAGUGAGGCCAUGAGGCUGAGGCCCAGGCAGGAGGAUCACAGCUUCAAGGCCAGCCAAGACCCUGCUUCAAAAUAAAAUUAAAAGGGCUGGGGGUAUGGUCCAGUGGUAGAGGGCCUCUGGGUUCGUUUCCUAGUACUGCCAAUAAGUAAACACACAAUAAAAUUUUUUUAAAAAAGGUUAGGGAUAUAGUUCAGUGUCAGAGCACUCCUGGAUUCAAUCCCUAGUACCACAAAAUAGAGUCUAAAUAAUUUUUUUUUAAAAUGGGCUGGGGAUAUGGCUUAUUGGUAGAGGGCUUACCUAGCCUGUGCGAGACCCUGGGUACAGUCUCCAGUAAUGCAAGACACAAACACAUCACUCUGGAGAGAGCCUAGCAGAUACCCAAAUGGGAGCAGGACUGCCUUCCCCACCCGGGCAAGGGCUGUAAAUGGUUGUCAAGGUGCCAUCCCUGGCUGUGGCCCACUGAGGCCAGAGACAAGAGUGCCCUGAUGUGGUCCCCAGCUCCAGGUCCUGUAUGCCCACAGCAGAAAUGGGGGUGCCACCAGGGAGGGGUAGGCAGCUGCAGCUGGUGCCCCAGUGAGUGAGCAAGUCUGCAUGGUGACAGGCUGCUGGUAGACCUCAGCAGGAUGCAUCUGGCCAGCCGCCAGGAAAACGGCCCCCCACAGCCCCAGCAGUGCUACAGUUGGGGGCUGUGGCCGCUCUGGCAUGGCAAGGUGCUCCUGUGGGGUAUGUCUAGCGCUGAGCCUCUGCUGAGGCUGUGGCUCCUGCCUUGCCAACUGUUUCUUGAGAUUUUAAUCAUUUUACAAAUUCUCAGGAUGGCAGGUGUGGCUCUGGUAGAGCACUAGCCUUGGGCUCCACUCUCAGCAAAAAUUCAAAAAAGAAAGAAAGAUGGGGCUGGGGUGGUGGCUCUGUGGUAGAGUGGCUGCAUAGCAUGUGUGAGACCCUGGGUUCCACCCUCAGCACCACAUAAAAAUAAAUACAUAAAAUGAAAGUAUAAAAAAUUUUAAAAUGCCCCAGAGGUAAUGUGCCUCCUGCCUGGCAGGGUGGGCUGGCAGCUGCUCCCACCAUGAAGCAGAGCCCAGUAGCACCGGGGAACGCAGGGAAGCCGCGAUGAGGCUGCAGGAGAAUCAGAAGUUUCUCAGAAGGGGGCACAGGGGCAGGUCCUCAGAGGCAGGACUGAUGACGCAGGGCCAGGAGCACGGGGAAGGUCAGCAUGGCUUUGACCCCUCGCUGUGCCCAGGGGUCCUUGGGCUCUGGCGCCUGCUGGGUGCCGCUCACACCCCUGGCGGCCGGUCCCGGGGUGCUCACGCAGCUCAGUCGCACGCCCAUCAUGUGCCACCCUCUGGAGGAGGGGCUCCGCGGACAACUUUAAAGAAAGGCUCCAUUCUUCCUGGGACCUCAGCCUACCCCUGGCCCAGGGAGGAAGGAGGCCAGGCAGAGUUAUCAGAGGCAGGUGACCUAAAGGCUCCCGGAGCAGAUGAGGUCCCCACCAGAGCAGCCUCCAGAGAAGAGGUUGGCAGUGCAGUGGAUGACCAGCUUCAUUGGCACUGUGGACUGAGAUUCCGAUUCCCUGAGCAGAAGGUCUACACCGCAGAACUCAGGGUUCCAGCCAGGAAGUCUCUGGACUCUACUGGGGCCAUGCCGAGGCCAACCUUUGUCCAGCCAGGGAGAGGGUGAGUGCGAGUGUGAGAGAGGGAUGGGACAGGACAGGUGUGAGUGACACCCGACACACCAUGAGCUGAGCUGGUGCCUGGAGCCUGACACAGCUGGAAUCUGGGACCCUCCAUCCACCCCUCCUUUUCUGAGGACAGAUCAAUGCCUGUACAGAGGAGGCUCCUGGGAUCUCUCAACUCCACCCCUACGGCCACCCCUCAGCUCCGGCUGGCCACCAACCAGACGGGCCCCCAGUGCCUGCUGGUGUCCAUUCCUGAUGGGCUCUUCCUUGGCCUGGGGCUGGUGAGCUUGGUGGAGAACAUGCUGGUGGUGGUGGCCAUCGCCAAGAAUCGCAACCUGCACUCUCCCGUGUACUGCUUCAUCUGCUGUCUGGCCCUGUCUGACCUGCUGGUGAGCACCAGCAAUGUGCUGGAGACUGCCAUCUUCCAGCUGCUGGAGGUGGGUGUCCUGGCAACGCCAGCCACUGUGGUGCAGCAGCUGGAGAAUGUCAUGGACGUGCUCACCUGUGGCUCCAUGGUGUCCAGCCUCUGCUUUCUGGGUGCUAUUGCUGUGGACCGCUACAUCUCCAUCUUCUACGCACUACGUUAUCACAGCAUUGUGAUGCUGCCCCGCGCACGAGGGGCCAUCAUGGCAAUCUGGGCGGCCAGCAUCCUCUCCAGCAUCCUCUUCAUCACCUACUACAACCAUGCAGCUGUCCUGCUUUGUCUCGUCACCUUCUUUCUGGCUAUGCUGGCACUCAUGGCAGCUCUCUACAUCCACAUGCUUGCCUGGGCAUGCCAGCAUGCCCAGGGCAUCGCCCAGCUCCACAAGAUGCAGCGACCAGUGCACCAGGGCUUCCGCCUGAAGGGCGCUGUGACCCUCACUACCCUCCUGGGUGUUUUCUUCCUGUGCUGGGGCCCCUUUUUCCUGCACCUCACCCUCAUCGUUCUCUGCCCCCAGCACCCUGCCUGCAGCUGUGUCUUCAAGAACUUCAACCUGUUCCUGGCCCUCAUUAUAUGCAACUCCAUUGUGGACCCUCUCAUCUAUGCCUUCCGCAGCCGGGAGCUCCGCCUGACACUAAAGGAGGUGCUGCUGUGCUCCUGGUGAGCAGGGAGGGUGGCUGCUGGAAUCAAGGCCAGGAUGCUGGGCAGAGUAAGACAAAGGUAUCCAGUGGCCUGAGUCCUGUGUGGCCUUGGAUAGGCCCUUCCCUUCUUGGUCCCAUUUGCCAAAGGACAGACUAGAUGAUCUCUAAAGGUGUGGAAGCACAGACCCAGGGACAGGGAGAGGGGUAAGUGUGACCUCCAGAAACCAACCCUCAAAAGAAGUUGAGGGAAAUGGAGCAAGUUGGGGAGGGGAGGGGCUUGGUUACUGGGCAGCAGGGGCAGAUCCUAGGAUCCUAAAGAGACAUUCUCUGUCCUAGGGAGUUCUGCUUCUGCCUGUGACUAGGCCAUGCCCACCAUCACUUGGUUUUUACUGCCAGCUCUUGGGGCUUGUGCCCUCAGCAGCUGGGACACGAAGAUCAAUAGGAGCCAUGGAAAAGGGACCCUGCUCCUGUUCAGAGCCUCAGGAGAAAGGACUUUGUGACCAGAAAGAUCCAGCCACAGCUGUGCGGCAGGCUGCUUUCAGAAGUGAGCUAGGGCACUGGAUUUGCAGAAUGGGCCUAUUGCACAGGGGUGUCCACCAGAGUGGGGCUGAGCAUCCAUUCAAGUUUGCAGGCUCAGUGGAAACCUGAGAGUUGGGAAUCCAGCACCACACUCACCCAAGGCAUGGGGAUCCAGCAAAGGCACGCUCUGGCUGUAGGAGAGGCUGCCUGUCUGAAUCAGUGGCCAGUGCCUGGGAGUGCAGGGCCAGGAAACAAUUGGUAAUAAUGCUGUGCCCAGGUGCAGCCUCACCACCAUCUCCUGAAUUCUUCCAGAAGCUGUUUGAAAUCUGGGUGGAGGGAAGGCAGGGACAGUAGUUAUGAUGGGGAGAAACGAAUCCCAGAAAUCAUGACUGUCUACCCAGGGGAGGAGACCACAGUUCCAGAGGCCUCCAGUGUUAAUGGGAAGAGUGUAUUGACUUCAGGCUUCAGCUCCUUCUUGGCCAUCUGUCUCUCUGUGGCUACAAACUGCAAUACAGAGCCAAGGACACAUGUUCAGCAGCCCCUUCCCCCAGUCACCUCCAUGGUGACAAGACUCAUACUGCCCAGAAUGCCUCUGGCCCAAUUCUACACUGGCAGAAGCAGCACCACCCAGUCCCAGCCCCUGAGGUGCAGACGCUUGACCCCAGCCAGAGCAUGCCCCUUUCCUGGCUUCAUCCCUGCAACCCCACAGCUAUGGCACACAGUGAAUGGGACCAUCCUCAUCUACUAUGAGAUGCCCAGAGGGGCCUGUGGCCUGGGGUGGAACAGGGAUUGGAGUCUGUUCUCUGCUAGUCACUGUCCCCCUGGGAGCUGGGUCAGUGCUCUGCCAGCCUGGGGAAAUUUUUAGACAAGGCCUCUGAGAAUGGGGUGAGGUUGUCUGGGGACUCAGGAUGUCCAAAACCGAGUCCAGGGCAGUGGGCAUCUUGGGGUUAACUAUACAGCUUGGUUUUAGAGAGUUGUGGACCCCUGUGCCCCUCUUCUGAAGCAACCUGGGCUUCUCACUAAGCCCACCUAAUUUUCCUGCACAGACACUGGACAUCAGCAGACCUCCUCCCUGGGGUAAGCUUGGUGGGAGCUAUUAUGUCCUGUUACCUUCUCCCAGACAGGUCUAGUAAGCAGCCCCCACCUUGCUGUCAGCUACAGCCCAGACUACUGGUUCCCGGCAAGGCCAGUCUCUGCUGGGAGACAGAACAGUGAGUCAGCCUUCAGCCUAGCACCAGAGCCCUCUGGGGACAGAGGGGGAGCUGGCUUGGUCUGAUGCCAUCCUGGCAGAGAGGGAGUCCAGGCCUAUGGAUGGUUCCAAGCUUCUUCCCUUGC